UUCCUUUAAUGGAACGCCAACAAAGAUCUGGAGUGUUGGUUUAUGGUCAUAGUUUCUCCCCAGGGAUCAACUAUGUUGCAAUUGAAAUAGUUGAUGGAGAAUUGAUGGCUUCUAUUAAUUUUGGCUACAAGGCUCUUAAUUAUCACUUUAAUGAGACUAACGUCAAUGGCAACAGUUGGUAUGAAGUUAAAUUACAACAUGAAGCAACACAAGUUACUGCUAGCCUCACUCGAUCAAUCGAUGGUGUUUGGUACACGAUAGACAACACUCUUCCCCAGUUAAAUUAUCUGAACCUUGGUGAGACGGUGUACGUUGGAGGAGGACCAGUCCUCAAGUGCUAUGUAAGUAGGACCUACUUGCUUGUUUAAUAGGUUUAGUGUUUUUCAUUAAAAUCAAAUGAUAUUUAUAAUAUUUGAUAUAAUAUUUAUAACGCCUGUGAUGCACCAUUUACGUUGAAUAAGCCACAGUACUUGUGAGAGCUAUG